GAGCCAUUGGGAUCUUUCGUCAUGAAACGGAUUCUCAGCAUGUAUCACUUCCCGCAGAUCUUAUUGUGCCAUCUUUCCAUAGGGUAGCCGACGAGGGUAUUCCCGAUCCUCUUGCUAACGAUGCGACGGAACAUCCUGAGGUGCCUCCGAAGCCAGACUCAAACGCGCUGUCACCGGAGAUGUCUAUGUUUGUCGAAGCCUCUGGUGCCACGACUGAUGAUGCUAUAAUAGCAGCCACAUCGCCGCGCCCUCAACUCGUGCCUCUAACAGGCGCAAUCGCCGCCAUAGCGAAUGCAUCUGGGGACCGUCCGGACUCUCCGGAGGGCACUGUCGCUGGGGCCUCGAAGUCUGCGCUCGUUUUUUCUCCCCUCGUUGACUUCCCAACCCCCCUCUUUGCUGGCGAUGUAUAUGCUUCUGGGCCUGUGCUUCCCCCUGGCUUUAUCGUAGAGGACUCGGAGCCACUCUCGACAUAUGAUCUAUUCCAACAGCAUCUGUCAUCCAGUAGUGAGCCUGAUAAUGAAGAAACUUGCAUUCAAAAACAACUCUCAGGCGAAGGAAUUCAGUUGGGGGAUGUAGUAGACUCGAGUGUUGAUGAUCAUCAUGCGGUGGGAGAAUCUUUGAUUGGGGACAUUUACCUCCCUCGAUCCCAACUUUCGGAUGGAGUCUCGUCUCCUGGAGCUGAUGAGCUGAACGAGCAACGCGAUUUCGUCCAUGGUAGUGCUGUGGUACCCGCACCAGAUCUCCAUCAACUGGGGAAUUUAGGAGGUGAGAUCAAAAGAGCAGGCGAACCCCCUUCAUUUCUCAACGCAGAUCGGUUCCUCUCGCCCGCUGACGUGCUUGUUCCGCCCAACAACCCAGUGCCACUGACAUCUCCCCAUUUGUACCACGCGGAUAUCGGAUCUGGAGAUUCCAAUGUUGUAGUUCAGAUCAAUCAGACACGUCAACCAUCGGCAGCUCCCGCAGCAGAUAUGGAGACUCAUGCUCAAUUGGACACGGAAAUACCUAAUCCUAACGGGAACAAAGACGUAUGCGCGUCUGACGGCCAUCAUGAUUUAGCCGACACUCCUCCCGCACCACCCACGCUACCUGAUCCCUUUAUACCUCCAACGCAACUUAGUAUACCCGACAUCGAAGAUACUCACCUUCUCAGGGUCCCAGAACAUGAUGCACCAGAGGGUUCUGUCGUUGAUAGCGUCACUGCUGAGCCUCCGUCAACAUGCGGGGAAUCGCCAGAUACGAAAUUUUCGGAGGAUAUAGGGAGGCGACACGAUAAUCCACCUGACUCCCAUGGUAUGAAGACUGAACAACGAGAUGGAACGCGUGCCACUAAUGAGACCGAUGCCACUGCUGUGCACGCUUCGGUUGGAACGUCGGGCGCCCAAGAAAUAAAGGGGUCUGGGCAUGCGGUACCUGUGCGUCUAUCCUCUAAGGGGAAUGUCCCAAUUGCGGACAAAAAUACUUUCGAGGUUGAGGCUGGACCCACGCAGGAUGAUCUCACUCCUGACGCUGCUGAUGACAAUAUCAAAUUAUCACAUGCUAACGAAGGGAAAUUAACCCUUCUGGUGACCAAUGGCGAGACACGAGAGGAGUUGGGGAAGCGUGACUUGAGGUGUUUCAUGCAGCUAAAAUUGGUUUUCUGAGACUGACAAACGUUUCUGCAGCGGUGAAACCUUGCGUACAAGUGAACUAUCCAACAACCGCGCUCGCAGCGGCCUCAGAUUAAUUCCUGAAAUUAGCAUCCCCAUCUUUUCGUCAUCCCAUCGACCGGACGAUGCGGUUUCAGGCAUUUCACCUCCACACACCCCUUCAGAAACAGGUUCCACGACACGUCCCGGCAAACGGAAGCGAAGUGCAGCUGCAACUCUGAAUAGCCCCGCCUUGAACACACGUUCUAAGACGAAGGAUGUUGCUGAAACCUCCAGUCAAGCAUCGUUUUCAUCACCCCCUGUAUCUACUUCCAGCCA